AUGGACUACUCCAAUGGCGGCCAGAAGCGCGCGAGGGAGGAGGAGGAUGGCUCGCCUAUGGCGCCAGAGUCCCAGCGUCGCGGCAAUCCGAGGCCGGCGCCGCCACUACCUGUAGACUGGCCGGCGCCGCCGCUGCUGGCGCCCACCGAUGAUAGAUGGAUCGAGUUCCUCCUGGCUGCGGAGUCUGAGUUCGCUGGCAAGCCUGGCUACUUCCGGGACUUCCGUGCCGUCAUGCGCGGGUUCAGGCUCGGGGCCUUCGGAGUCGACGGCCUGGUUAGCCACCUGCAACAACUGUUCCGGGGGCAUCCCAAUCUCAUCCGCACGUUCAACGCCUACCUGCCAAGGGGAUACCAGCUCCGGGACAACUAGCAAGGUGAUGCUGAUGCUGCCUAAGUGUGGUAAACCUAAUAAGUGGAUUCAUCCGUGCCGGUUCUGUACUUCUGUGUUCUGCCAGUAGUUGUGUGAUCCCAAAUCCGGACUGUGUUCACUAUCCUGUGUUUUAUUCGCUCUUGGAAUGAAAGGGACCUGAGAUCAUAUUUUGUUUGCUUCAUAUUGAGACGCAAGUUCCUUCCA